CCGCUGAAAAAAAUCCGUUCGCUACGUUGUCUGUUUCUUCAUUGAAUGUUUUGAGGUUUGGUUUUCAAAGAAAAUAUUCACAUUUUAUUCUGAAAAUUAAUGAAACUUUGCUGCUGUGUUGAUUCUGUUUAAUAAAAUGGCUUUGAACUACGAGGAAAUGAGCUGGAGAGAUGUGCGCGACCACUUCCGUAAAUGGAGGGAAGAUAAUGAACGACGCAGUGAUGAUGUUAUUCAGCUAUGGGAAGCUAUACUAGAGGACAAAGUAUCGAAAACUGGCAACGAAAGACACUUGAUUCUGGAACAAGUUAUUGUGGCUGCAUUAGAUACGUCCCGUUUUGACAUUGCCGGCAGAUGCAUAAAAGAAUUGAGCCAAGAAUUCCCUGGAAGUAUGCGUGUAAUGAAAUUCAAAGCAAUGCGACUUGAAGCUAUGGAACGUUAUAGCGAAGCUAUUGAUGUUUUAGAUGCUAUAAUUGCCAAAGAUGAAACCAAUGCUGCUCCCCGAAAGCGUAAAAUUGCCAUACUAAAAGCCAAAGGACGUCGUACUGAUGCCAUCAAAGAACUUAACGAAUAUCUUAAAAAAUUUAUGUCUGAUCAAGAAGCCUGGCAUGAACUAUGUAAUUUAUAUAUGGCUGAGGGUGAUUAUGCCAAAGCUGCCUUUUGUAUGGAAGAAGUUCUCUUGCACAACCCACACAGUCAUUUAAUACAUCAAAGGCUAGCCGAAAUUCGUUAUACUAUGGGAGGUGCUGAUAAUAUUGAUAUAGCAAGAACCUAUUAUUCACAGGCAUUGAAGCUUAACCCUAAUAAUCUGAGAGCCCUCUAUGGUAUUUAUUUGUGUUGCAGUAGCAUAGCAAACUCGAGAGCUCUGGGUUCAAAACGUAAAGAAGCCUACAAAAUGGCUCAAUGGGCUUUGGAUCAGGCAAAUAAAUUAACAUCAUCGGUGUCAAAAAUAGAAAAUAACGAUAAAUUGAUUGCUUCGCUAGAGAGUGCGUUUGGUCAUUUGGAAAUCAAAUCCUAUUGACCAGACCGAUGACAAACACCAAGAGCAUUUAUUUAUAAAAGCCUUUUAUGUCAAUGAAUGUCCCCCACAUAACGUUAGACAACAACAACAUCAGCAACAGUAGUCAGUUUCGAUGUUCUUUGACAUUACAUUUCACACAUUCACAUACACAAAAUACGUACGCGUAAAAGUCUAUAGUAUAGUUUAGAUGAAAACAAUGACUACAAAUCACCAAACGUUAAGACCUAUAUAAAAACAUUUGAACAAAAAUAAAAAUAAUACAUACGAGACGAUUAACAAACAAGUUUUACGGUAAAAUUGUUAUAAAAUAAUUAGCAAUAUUGAAUUCUUAUAAUAUUGGUUCAGUAGUUAAAUUUUUCCCUUAAAAAACAUUUAUUUUGUUUUCGUUUAAUGGUAAGGUAUGGCUGGGUUUCAUCUUCUAUCUUCAAUUUUGGUUUAUUUAUUAUUCCAUAUGGAAAAAUCUACCAGAGAUAAGAAGAACAAAAAUGACUGAUAUUGGGUCACUGUGUUUAUAAAUGAUUAUUAUUAUUUGUAUUAGACAGCUUGUAUUUCGUAUAUUAUGAUAUGGAAAUAACAACAACAAAUAUAAAGAAAAUUUUAUUAUUUAAAUCCAGAAA